CCUGGGAGAGGUCGCUUCUGCUUCCCAACUCAGAGAAGUUCCUGAGAUAGAUUUGGUCACAGAAUCUUAGGUUUUAUUAGUGGAAAGAGAGACAAUCUGGUCCAACCGUUUCAUUUUACAGUGAAGUUCAGAUUGGGGAGUGAAAGGAGUUGCCCGGGAGCCAGGACCCUAAAUCCCUUGUCCUGAUUUCUGUUCUUGGAGUGAGCAUUUGCUGCCAUCAACAAAAGAGCCUCUUCUCCAAGGAAGACUCUUUGGACAGGACUCUGCAAUGUUGCUCUGGGGGUAUCUUUUCAUCAUGCUGAAUGUUCUGCUGUGGCCUGAGUUCAGAGCAGCAUCUCUGCCUUUGCAGAUGGACUCCGUUAUCCAGAUUCUAGCACAAUUAGAGCAAGAAGAGCCUGUUCUCCAUCUCACAGCUCCUGGUCUACUUUUGAUGUCUGGGAGUGCAAACAACUUUUCCCAACAUCUCCUCUUUUCAAAGACCCCAUCUGCAAUGCAGCUCAAGCUUGACCUUCUUAGUCCAGAACUUCAAGCAUUAGCCACCAGCUUAAUCCCCCACCGAGUGGACUCUGGGCAAGAGCAUGGGGUAGUAUUAGCACCGGAUGGCUCCACAGUGGCUGUGGAGCCCCUUCUGGCAGGGUUAGAGGUUGGGCUCCGAGGCAGAAGGUCUAUCCCCAUUCCCCUGGAGUUCAUAGCUUCUCCUUCUGAAGUCAGAGCUGCUCACAAGAAAGAAGGACUUACAUUGGCCCCUCAAGUCAGCAUGACCCUCCAAGAUGAUGGAAACAUUUCCCCCGACCCCACUAUCCUCCCAACUGUCCAGACUAACUCCUCAACCGAUGUAGAUAACCUCCUAGCUGUCACUCUGACCAAAGCAUUAGGAGUAGCCUUCCUGCCAGGUCCUGGAACCCAUCCUCCCAAAGGCCUAGGACCUGAUGGUUGUUGGGAUCAAAUUUCAGCCCCCAAGACCUUCUCUUUGUUAUACCCUGAGGACCCCUCUGCUCUCACUGUAGCUUUCCUCAAUGGGGCACUGGAUGGGGCCCUGCUAGGCGACUACCUGAGCAGGCACCCCAAGCCCAGCCCACCACUCAGCCACUUACUGGCCCAGUACUAUGGAGCAGGAGUGGAUGGGGACCCCCACUUUCGGAGUAACUUCCGCAGGGACAAUGGUGCCAGCCUGAUUUCACAGGAAUCCCUCGUCCAACAGAUAUGGGGCUCUUUGCUCCUGCUACAAGAGUUAGAGCCAUUUAAUUCUCAGCUGAAAAAUCUAUCCCAAGCUCAACUGGCUGAAGUUGCUACUCAAGCUGCCAAGGAGUUCACUGAGGCUUUCCUGGAAUGUCCGGCCAUCUUGCCCCGCUGCCGCUGGCAAGCAGCUCCUUACCGAGGGACUCCCACGAUGCUGAAGCUUCCUUUGGGGUUCCUUUAUGUGCAUCACACCUACGAACCCAACCAACCCUGUACCAGCUUCUCCCAGUGUGCUGCUGACAUGCGAAGCAUGCAAUAUUUCCACCAGGACAUCAGAGGCUGGGAUGACAUCGGCUAUAGCUUCGUGACGGGCGCGGAUGGCUACGUGUACGAGGGUCGGGGCUGGCACUGGGUGGGGGCCCACACCCUCGGCCACAACUCCCUGGGCUACGGCGUCUCCAUCAUCGGCAACUACACGGCCACACUGCCCGCGGCCCACGUCCUGAGGAUCGUGCGCGAUUCCCUUCCGCGCUGUGCCCUGCGAGCGGGCUACCUGCGACCGGACUACACCGUGCACGGCCACAGACAGCUGGUCCACACCGAGUGCCCCGGGGACGCCCUCUACCGGCAGAUCGGCACGUGGCCGCACUUCGGGGAGAAGAAGAGAAGCCUAAGGAAGAGCUACCGCCCAGUCUCCUCCAACCCCUAAGGAAACCGAUUGCGGAGAGGGAAACUGAGAGCGGAGGGCUUUCAGACCGGGGAUCGAGGCGAGUUCCCUUCCAGCUGGCCAUUAGUUCUGUGGGAUCGUGGAGGUGGAAAUUGUACUGGCUUUUCCGAGGGAUUUCUGGGAAUCCACAAGUCGGGACAUUCCAUGCUUCCUAUCCUGGGUCCCUUCCAGCCUAAAUAUGUAAUAUUCUAAAAUGCCCCUCUGCUCCGACUUUGUGCCCUAAAGUUCCUCAAGAGUAGACAUCCUGAGAUGAUUCCCACUUACUGAAUGUCUGAGUUUGUCUUGUGGGGACUAGGGCAGGGACAGAAGAGUACAGAAAUAAAAAAGUCAAUAAACAUUUGUUAAGAGAC